AUGGACAACCAAAUUGGAGAAAGUCAAAAAUGUGACCAGAUUAAGCCUCUGGAAGCAUUUGGAGUUAGCACAGACAUAAAGAUAGGACAUAAGAGUCAUUCCCAAAGUGCAUUCACUAAGCUCCCAUCCAAAACGAAAGGGAGAGAUAAGAUAAAAUAACCGGGAGAACAGGAAGCUUCUUAAAAAGUGGAUGGAAGACCACGAGGACUGUCCAUAUCCAGAACUCGAGGAUAUCCAAGAACUGCAAAGACAGACUGGCCUAAGCUAGAAACAAAUCAGAGUAUGGUUCACAAACUAUAGAAACAGGAGAUAUACAAGAGAAGACAUCUGCCUCUCAAGAAUCAAAUACGCCAUCAUGAAGAAGAACUAUAAUAGUAAAGAAGAGUUCCUCCUCAAGUUUAAAAAGGCGGCUGAUUACUAUCUUUCCAAAUUUUACUGAACUUGAAAAGGAGCCCAAUGGGAGAAUAGCGAAGCUUCAGAGAAUAUUGAAGGGCAUCAUGAUUCUCAAAUCUCGAAGGAAGCAGAUUACUGCACUUGAGGAAUCCCUGAAUAAACACUAGUAUCAUUUUACCUUAAAUU